UCUGUUUUGAAUAAGCGAAAGUGGAGGGGAGGAGGAAAAAAGGCUUUUCAAAGAAGUAACUGGUUCUUGCUUUCAAAGAUACAGCAACCCAGCAAAGAAGAGCACCAAGACUGACUAGGAGACAGGGAGGAAGUGCAGAUGGGUAAAUGAGAGAUCUUCGCAUGAACGGUGGUGAAUGGUCUUCAGUGCAAGCUUUGGAAGAGCCACUUGCCCGGUGACCUGCGGCGAGCAACGAUUACCUCCAGGCGACCAGACUUGGAAGCUGAUUUGAGCUGGAAGAGGGUUGGUUAUCUCCCCCCCCCCUUUCAAAAAAGGGAGCUACAUGGUUGUGCUCGUUACUUGGCUGGACAACUGCACCGCAAAGUCCGAAGAAGUGCACAUUUUGAACUAUGACUGUACUUCGAUCCAUGUAUUCUUUUGGAAAUUAGGACAUGAGCAUCUCCGAAGUGGCUGCCUCACUGCUACGGACAGAAGAGACCUUCUCUGCAUGCCUUUCACGCAUCAGCAGCGUCUUACUUACGCCCCUCCUGCAAUCAGGUUCCUUUGAGAAUGUGAAGCUCUUGGUACACCUGAACGACCAUUUCCACAUCGUCUGGGACUUGACGGCGGAGAACUACAGAACACUGAAGCAAACCUUCAGCACGCCAGAAUCUGACAGCAUCCAAGAUCUGUUCCUAGUCCGGAAAACUGACUUGUUCCUUGAUGCUUAUGUCCAGUAUUUCUCCACUUUUGCCAGUUGUGUUUCCGUCCAAGUGUUUGACCAUGCUGCCAAGAAUAAAAGCCAUCUCUGGAAAGCGCACAAGUCAUCGCUGCAGCAGUUCCUUGCUGACUUCUCCCCGGACACGUCCCUUGCCAUGGCUCUCCAUACAGUGUUGCAUAAACCCUUCCGAGAUCACCUCCAGCAAUACAGCCUGGUCUUCUCCAAGCUCAACGAAACUCUUCACCAGUACCCUGAUAAAGAAUCGGUGACUGGUGCUGCUAAAGAGUUUGCAAAGCUGCAGUCGUUCAUUUGCCAAGUCUUGGAUGAAGCGAGCCACACCCGGAGCCUGUGGAAGUCCCUGUGCCAUAAGUUCACGGAUGUGCUCUGUGUUCCUGAGAGGAGGCUGCUAGAAGAUAGCAGGAAUCUUGUCAUCUUCGCUAACACAGGAAGAUCUGACCGCGUUCUGCUUUUCAGUGAUAUCCUGGUGCUGAUCCAAGGGAACAACUUCCAGAGUUUUGAUCUGAAGCUUACGUGGGUGGAUGGAGCUUGCAGGGAAACAGGAGAGCACACUCUCCGCAUCUGCACACCAGAAGAAGUGUUUUUCCUCCUGGCCAAAGAACCAGAAUCACGGGCUGUGUGGCAAUGGAAGCUGAAUCAAACGGUGCGCCAGGCCUUGAUUGGGAAGCGAGACUUUCCUUUGUGGGGCGAGGCAGGCGAAGGGAGGGACCCGCCCGUCUGUCGCUUCUCCGCGUUCACUUUCCGGGGCGAGGGGAGGUUCAAGAGCGCGACCUAUGAGGGAGAGUGGCGGUUGGGUCAACCCCAUGGCAAGGGGACGCUGACCUGGCCAGAUGGCCGGAACUACGUUGGAGACUUCAAAGAAGGCUUGGAGCAUGGGUUUGGCAUCUGCCUCGUCCCUCGUGCAUCCAGGGACCGCUACGACUGUUACAAGUGUCACUGGCGAGAAGGCCAAAUGAACGGCUACGGGAUCUGCGAGUAUGGCGAUGAGAUGGUCUACAAAGGAUAUUUCAAGGACAAUGUGCGCCAAGGGUUUGGCGUCUUGGAUAACCCUUCAGAUGCUGAACACCCGUUUAAGUACACAGGGCACUGGGAGAACGACAAGAAACACAGUUAUGGCAUUUGGGAUGACAAGGAGAGAGGCGAGAGGUACAUUGGGAUGUGGCAUGAAGACCAGAGGCAUGGCCCGGGGAUUGUGGUAAUGCAGUCUGGCAUCUGCUAUCAAAGGACUUUCCACAUGGAUAAAAUGGUGGGAUCCGGGACCCUUCUCCUAGAAGAUGAUUCCAUCUUCGUGGGAAACUUCACAAGAGACUUGACUUUUGUCGGAAAAGGAAAGCUGACCUUCUCAAAUGGCUUUACUCUGGAGGGCACAUUCAGCAGCAAAUCCAGCCACGGACUACAGACUCAAGGGGUCUUAGACACUUCUGGCGAACAGCAGGACAACACAAUUACCAAACUCCAGCUGGGUAAGGAAGUGUUUCCAGUGGAGAGAAGAUGGGAAGGCCUCUACAGCCAGUUCCAGGAGUUCAUCUGCACAGGUGGUCAAGGAGAAACAGAAGAGGCUUUCAUGGGGUUCCACGUUCAGACGAGCAAAGAGCUGAGGAAGUCUCAGGAGUACCUCUUCUGUGACAGAGGGGCGGAAGAGACUGCCGGGAAGGUCGACUACCUCGAAGAACUGAUUGAGCAUCAAGAGAAGGGAGCCCUGCAAAGUUACUUGCAACAGGCAUUGGAAUCUUCUCUGCACCCCUUAGGGAAAUUCCUGAAGGCUUUGAGCGUGGCAUUCCAGGCCACCUACUCUGGGAUUGGUGCAAACAGGCAUCUUCUGAGUAUGGCUCAAGAGGAAAUCAAGCAUUACGCAAAGAAGAUGUGGGAAUUCUACCAGGGCUUGCUGCAUCUUGCGUUGGAGGUCCAAGGCCAACCGCCUGCCGAAGGCAUGGAGCAGAGUGACCUCAACGGACCUGGCUUAAUGUUGCCCCUCAUCCUUCCGUGUUUCUACCCAGAGCUCUUGCUGCUGUACAUGCUUUACCACCAGAAGGAGGAUGACCUUUACUGCCAAGGGAUUGUGGAUCUCAGCUUGUUCCCUGAUGUUAAGCUGCUGGAGUUCCUCGAUGUCCAGAAACACUUGUGGCCCCUCAAAGAUCUUACACUAACAAAUAACCAGAGACAAUCGCUUGUGAAAGACCACUGCUUUCUUUCUGCUACUGAAUGUCUACAGAAGCUGAUCACUACUGUUGACCCCCGGGAAAAACUGGACAUUCUCCAAAAGACGUACGAGGAGAUUGAGAAAACAGUGAACCGGGUGCUGGAGAAGGACUAUAGCCUGCCAAUGGAUGACCUGCUGCCGCUGCUGAUGUAUGUUGUGACACGAGCAAGUAUACAACAUUUAGGAGCGGAGAUCCACCUUAUCAGAGAUCUGAUGGACCCAACAAAUGAAGGAGGCAUGUACGAUUUCCUGCUUACAGCACUGGAGUCAUGCUAUGAGCUUAUCCAGAAGGACAUAAGGGUCCACCAAAGCUGGCAGGUGUUACAGAAUUCCUGAAAGUUGCACGCUUGGGCUCAUCAUCUCUGCACAGUUAAGAUCAACCAUUAGGACAACAGAAAAAGAAGGUGCUUGUAAUUGUUGCUGCUGGGGUUUUUUGUAUUUUUCUUUCCUAUGGGAAGGAUGUUUGGUUUUCAAGCUAUAAUUUCUUUGAAAUUGACUUUUUUUUAAAAAAAAUGUUUUUUGAAAUUGACGUUCAGAUGUGUGGACAUAAGGAAGUUCACUUGAUUCCGUGUGUGACACUCCCAUUUCGUAUGUCUCAGUAAAAUGCAACCUUCCAUGCCUGAACUGUGAACUUAAUUUUUUGGAGAUAAGCGGUUAAUCCUGGUUCUCCAUAAGCGAAGCUUUUUGGAAUGUCACCAAAACCAGGAAUUUGCCACCUUCAGUCUUGGAUAAAAAUGGCACUGACCAAAACAAGCACUCUAACUUUUUCUGUCCUGUGAUGUCACAUUACCACCACUUUUAUUAUUUGCUUAUGAUUUACGGAGAGGCUUGCAAAACAGCUUCUUGUGCACUCCCCCAACAUCCUGGUCGAAUGUAUACCGGAAGUUACUUCUAAUGUUGUACUUGUGGUGCAGUCAGUUACUGGAGCAUCUUGAUUAUGGUAGCCAUGCUGUUGCUGAACCUGUAUUUGAAGGAGGGUCAGUCUACUUAAUUCAACAAUGGCCCACUGCUAAUCUGAACUGCUGGUGAGCAGUCAGUGAAGUACUAUGGCAAUCCAAGCUCUUUGAGACCAUUCACUAGGAGUUCAGAUUACUAAUGUAACCCAGUUUAUGUCAGUCCAGUUUCAACCAUACCAUUUUUGCUUCUGAAUUUGGUCCUGAAUUUGAAAACAUUCUCCCCUCUGCCAUUCUCUACUGUGAGCAGCAUAUUGUUAGAAUGAACGUUCCACUACAUACUGUAUUUAAAGCUGCUCACUUUUUACCUACCUACCCUUCUUAAAGGGCAGAUCAGUUCAUUGAAUUAUUUUUUGCUAUAGUAACCUUCUGCUCUCAAUUCUCUUGCAAAUGCAGUUCAACAUGUAGCAUUUUGAAAGGGAGUUACUACAACUGGGAGCUGUAGUUAUACACUCGACCCACUGCCUGCAUUUUUCAUGUAAGGGGAGUGGACAUUUUUAUCCCCAAUUCUUUUACAUCACUAUCAUUGUUCCUCUUACUUGCAUCUUUAAUGAAACACAAGAUUACAGUAGGACUCCAAGGAUCUUUUCAGGGCUGAGGAAACCUAUGGCCCUUCAGAUGAUGCUGGGACUCAGGAAUGAUGGGAGUUGGAAGUCAACUUCUAAGAGGGCCACAGGUUCAUCGUACCCAACGUAGGUGGAGGCAGGUUGAAACGCCUGAGCUAAUCCCUCAGAUAGGACUACAACAGUGUGGCGGGGGAGGAGGCAUAACUUAAUCAUGGUAUUGUAUUUUAGAGAUCUAAACAUUUCAUAUUGUUCCAUUGUGGCUGAACUGACUGAAAAUCUCAGUUGCCCAUUUUGAUUGAUGAACCCUGCAUUCUGUAUCAGAGCUUUUCUGCAACUGAUUUGGUGUUGCAAAUCUAUUAUAAGGGAACUGACAAUCUAUUAGCAUAGCUCCAUUUUAUUAGAUCAACUUUAGAAGACUAUGACAGUUCUGGCAAAAGCUUGGUUUAUUGUUCAGUCAGUCUUCUGGCUGUAAACUAGGUCACUGUUGGCUUUUUUGACUACUGAAGAUAGAAAAUAUCCAUUGCUUUUAAAUUAAUUGAAAAGGAAAACACUAUUUUUAUCUAAAAGGUGUAAGAGCUAAUGCUUAUGUACAUUUUUAGAAUUAAAUAAUUCUUAUGCUUUAAUAAGAGGCUGCAUAAAAUUCUACAUCACUGCCUCAUUGUUUAAAUACACUGGAUAAAAUAUUUAAUAUGCUAACUUGAAGAAUUAUUAUAAAUGACUUUGUAUAGAAAUAAAUUUUAUUGUUUUGGA